AUGGCAAUGCCGCCGCUGCUUUUGCUAUUGCUGCAGUUGCUGCUGCUGCUUUUGCUGCUGCUGAUGAUGAUGAUGAAGAUAGGUGAUAAUAAUGAUGAAUGUGACGAAAAAACCAUUGACAACAGUAACAAAAUCCAAGAUGAUGAGCGGGUAGUAUUCCCAUGCCGGAAGUGUGAGGUUACAUUUGUGAAGGACAAGGUCACGUGUUUGACUGACCAGUGGGAGGAUGUAGCUGUUCCGGAAGAUGGUUGGGCCCCCUUGGGGACAUCUGUCUUUCAAAAUUUCCUCGAUCUCGUGAAAACAUUUCAUGGAUGUCAUGGCUACCCUGGAGGGUGGAAACAUUUUGCAAGAUGCAAAUUUAAAAAAAAAAAAAACUAA